GCCUGCAGAAAGCAGAGCUGCUGAGCCGGUGUGCCGGCUUUGCAAAGCCGAGGAUGCCCAUUGGCUCCCGGUGGCCACCUGUCUCCCCGUCCCUCCAGAGGGCUGGCCACUGCAGCCUCAGAGCAGGGAACCUGGCUCCACGACGACCUUGAGCGUGCGCACACUUGUCCCACGGGUUCCUGGCUGUGGGGUUAGGCAUCUGAGCGCCAGGCCCAUUUGGUUUUGGCAAACAGAUCAUCUUUUGGUUCAUUCUUUCCACUUGGAGACAUCGCCUGCUUCCUUCCAAGCUGGGACACCAGACGUCAGCACGUCCGUCCGGGGUGGAGUGGCCGGAUCUCACACAGCCUGCUGAGCCUCUUUCCUCCCGAAGCCGGCCAUGGAGGGCAGCCGGGGACUCUUCUGUCUCAUGUUCCUGUGUCUUCUGAUGCACGUCCGAGGUCAAGGUGAUUUCGAUUUGGCCGAUGCCCUCGAUGACCUGGAGCCCACCAAGAAGCCCAACUCAGAUAUCUACCCGAGGCCAAAACCUCCUUAUCGUCCACAGCCUGGAGAUCCCAGCAACGGUGGAAAUAUCUACCCCAGACCGAAGCCACAGCCUCGCCCGCAGCCUGGCAGUUCUGACCACGGUGGAGGUUACUUCAGCGAUGUGGACCGGGAUGACGGCCGCUACCCACCCAGGCCCAGGCCACCUGCAGGAGGCGGUGGAGGCUACAACCCCGGUUACGACGGCUACGGAAACACGCACGGAGGAGGGCGGUAUAGACCCAACUCUCACGGAAGUCAUGGUGGAGGAGGAUACGCGGGUUAUGACAACACGCAGGGCAACACAGUAGCGAAAAUCGUGUCUCCCAUCGUAUCGGUGGUGGUGGUGACGCUGGUGGGCGCGGCGGCCAGCUAUUUCCAGUACAACAGGAGGAGAAACUGCUUCCGGACACACGAACCAGAGAACAUCUGAGGAUUUCAAGACCCACCAGUUGCCUUAAGAAAAUACGAGUCCAGACGAGUACACCGUUUAUCCCUCUUGUGAAAAGUUCUUUUUUAUUCUUGGUGCCAUCUGCCUUCCCAGAGUGGCUUCUGUCCCGCUCAAAACACGAGCUGCCUGACCAAGCGUUCCCACCACACAGGAUACAUUAGAUGGCCCAGCUCUGGGCUGUAAAAAGGUUGCUGACCUGUGGGUUCGACCACAAAUUUGGACUCUGUUUGGGGUUGCCAGCUGCCUCAUGGGGUGGCAGGCACAUGUUUGUCCCCAUGGACCUCAUCUGCAUGCACAGUGGCCGUGGAACAGCCUGGGGUCUUGGGUGGGGAUGUUGUCUGCUUCUGAGAAAGGAAGAAGGGGGUGCAGGUUUCAAACAAGCUGAAGCCAGAAGCAUGCCUUCCGUCGCCAUCUUCAGCUGCGUCAGAAAUCCUGGGAUGUUCACCUUGCAGGUGAAGGGGGAAGGGAUGACUCUCCCCAGCAAUGUGAGCAUGAUUUUCACAAAUAUGCAUCCUCACUCCCUGGAGAAAACCAGAGCUGGAAUGUCAAAUGCAAAAUCGCUGGUUCAGACCAUCUUGGGGAAUGGGUCUUCGGAUCCUUUGUCAUGUGAAAUCUUACGGUUUCCAUGUUCUCUGCAAACCACAGAACUGCGAUGCAGAUAUGCACAUGUUGGGUCUUUCCGUGUUUAUAGACUCUGAUGCUCUCAAGGUACUGAUUCUUUGGGCAACCGCAUUCUUUCCCCUGGUGUAUGCUUUUAAUUUUUACGGGAAUACAAAAUCUUAAAUCUUCAAACAUCUAGGAUGAAUAUUCACUCUUGGCUUCUGUUCUAGUAAUACUUCAGCGGGGAGGAAUGCGGGCAGUUUGACCUGUUGGUAUCGUGUGAUUCAACCGAAGGAAAUGUUCAUAGAAGUUUGCAGCUUUGCCCUGAAAUUCAGAAGCAAAGAUGAGGACAUGCAUUGCAACGUGGACCUCAAACAGGAUCUGUGAAAAUCUGACUGUUCAUGCGGGGUGCUCACCCUUGUGGACUGGGAACUAAGUCUCCCAAGAGAAGGCGUCAAAUGCAGAAAGCAUUUCAAAAAGCCUCCCAAACUGGAAAAGAACUCUGAACUAACUUGAGACUUAAAAUCAGACAUCCCAGCAUUACGCGUCUCCAUCAUGAAUUUCUGUACGAUAGGAACGAUCUGAAGGCAGCUCUAUUUCCGAUUUGAAUACGAGGAUUCUCCACGUUUGUGCAUAUUUUCUUCUAUGUGACCAAGUUUCAAUAUGUGCGUCUCAGUGUGAUUUUAAUGGACCCUUUGUUAAAAAGCACACGUGUGGGUGUAUAUAUUCGGCCACACACACGGUUCCCACAGACGCAUAUAUCGCCACGUGGAGCUGAAGCAUUUUCAAAGAGAAUUCCCCCCAGUUGCUGGAACUGUCAUAAACAGUUUCUCCAUUGUCAUCAACCAUCGUUCAAUGUGACAUAAACGUAAAGGGGAGAGUUGGGCUUUAAAGCUUGUGUUGUGCAUUUUGGGUUUUCCAUCUCCUUUCCAUAUUUAGGUUUAUAAACCUAAACGUGUAGAACAGGAGUGGAAGGGUGUACACAUCGUGAAGCGGCGUCACUUUGCAUGGAUCCCGUAAAACCCUUUCUGGUCUCCGUUGUGUGGCCUCGGGUGCACAUCCCCCCUGGGGUGGUCUGUGAUCAGUCCUGAUGGACAAGGUAGAUGUUGGAGAACCGGAUGGCAUCUGGCGUCAGCCAAAGGAGGAAAUAGUCUCGUCAGCCCACUCGGAACAGGAUGGAUUUUGAAUGUACAAAAAUAGUGGCAGAAUUAUGGGAUCGCACUCCCCAAAUAACAAGAACAAAGAAUGGUUAAUGUUCAACCUAGUAAAAAUAGACUGUAUUUGGCUCACUAUCCCUGGGAGAGUCUUUUUUCAGGAGUGACCGGGGCCACCUGCAGGGGCAUUCUCCCCACACUGCAAAGAGCAAGAACUUCCCAGUCAGUCCCAGUCUUUUGAAAGGGGGAGAGGGCAGCAUUGAUCGUGGGGCAUAAAAAGCCCCCAGUCCUGUCCUCUUCCUGGAACUUGAACGUGCGUGGUGGUCUGGAGGUGACUCUCUUCACGUUGCAACAGCCGCCAACAAGAGGAUGGAUGGUCACCAUAAAGCUGCAUUACCAUUUCCACUUUCCUACAUACACUGAAAAAGCAACUUUUUUCUCCCCAAGUGUAACCCGUGCUGGACAAAUCUUUUCCAGCUGCAGGAGAAGACAGUGUGGACAUGCUCAUUCCAGUGUGACUAAGUUGGAAGCGCAAACCACACACACACACACACACACACACACACACACAGCAUUCAUAUAUCAUUACAGCUUGAAUUGCAUCCCUCUGCCCAAAUUCUUGUGUUCGAUUUCUAACCCGCAGGAACUCAGACGUGACCUUAUUUGGAAAUAGGGUCCAUGCGGAAUGUAAUUAGUUAAGGUCGCGCAGGAGUGACCCAGUAGGACUGGCAUAAAGGGGAAAUUAUAAAUGGACUGGUAAUAAAAUGUAUUCAUAAAUUGACAUAUAACACUGUAAAAUAUAGAAAGGGGGAAUUUGGACACCGACAGGCACAAGGAGCGUGUUGUGUGCAGCUGGGGUUUAAGCUGCCACAUGCCACGGAGACCCCAGGAGCUGUGGGAGGGGCCGUGGCCCCGUGGACGUCUUGGCCUCAGAUUUGCCCCCUGCAAAGCUGGGAGACAUGGACUAUCUGUUGUUGAAGCUGCCUGUUUGUGGGACUGUUUAGGCAACUACAAGACACUCCUCAUCCCUAUUGGGUAUGUGAUUUCUUCUCAUUUAAGAGACAUGAUGGGGAUCCGUGUAGCCUGCCUGCAGAGGUGGUCUGCGAGGCCCAUCAUGAUUAAACGCUGGACUCGGAGGCUCA